AUGCAGGCAAUCUUUGUGCAGACAUCUAAUAACUCAUUAGAUAUUGCUGAGAAUCAAACAGAAGAGUCAAAUCAAAGUGAAAAUGAAGAUAGAACCCAAAUAAACUCACAAGAAACAUCAGCAACACCAAUGAUCACCCAAUCAGAGACUAAUACAGCUGUUGUAUCAGAGAACAUAGCAAGUACUGCCUUACUUCUGCCACAACAUAACCAGAACCCUGUAUCACAACCAUGUGUUAGAACAGCAACAAGACAGCCAGCUUCUAAAAUAAUGCCAGCCAGUGCAGCUGAGACUUCACACCAGUCAUUGCCUAUUACCACAUUUGAAACUGCUUUUGAUACUGCAACAGCUAGAACAUCCGGACAGGCAAGUGCAACUAAUGAUAAUGAAAGUAGGUCACUUCAGGAAAACAACACACAAUACAAGGAACAGGGCAUAUGUAUGACCUGUAAUUCAAAAAAUGUACCCGUAGCAUUUUUACAAUGUGGACAUAUUGACUGCUGCAAAGACUGUGCAUCUGCCAUGCUAAAAUGUCCUAUGUGCAAGGUUGAUAUAAAACAAUCAUUAAAAAGGAAAGUUACAGUUUCAUCACAGAGCUAUUUGCAACAAAUGGAGGAAAUUCAAAAUUAUAUUUGUCCAUCUGAAGAAGGUAUCAAUGUACAGAAUACACAACAAAGUGCCUUGAACAAUUCUGAGCCAUCAUUUGAGAUCCAACAGUUAUUUAAGGAGUCUGAAUUUCAUCUAGGCAAUGCCAUUCCAAUGAUUGAACCAGUGCAUGGUCAGCUUUCAGAUGAUGGUCCAUCAGUUCCAAGAAUAUGUGAUAAUAAUACACCAAUUAUUAGAGCAUUGUUUCAGAAUCAAAAUAAUUUUGAAGGCUUACCAUUAAUCAUACAAGUCUCUUCUGUAUCUUCACAGUUCGACAACACUUGUACAAUAGAUACACCUUUGAUGAUAAUUUUUUGUCAAAUGUUUACAAAUCAAAACCUUUAUCAGCUAUUUGCCAACAGUAUUUAUGAAAUUUUUAGAGUUGAACUGCCCAAUCUGCUUUCGCUGUUAAUGAGGAGAGACUUUGAUGAUGUUAGAAGAGAAUGGUCAGAGAUCAUUGGGCAUAGGGGAAGAAGAAAUUUUUAUGGCUCUGAUGCAAAUUUUGUUAUGAAUCCUUUUAGCAGCCUGCUUCUUUACCAUCACAAAUUCAACUGUACCAAUUUUAAAUGUCCUACAAAUGAGAGAUCAUUUGUUAUUCCUGGAUUGACUUUACCACAGUAAAUAGGCAGCAGUAAUUGAUUUUUAGCUCACAUGGCCCAAUUGGCCAAGUGAACUUUUCUCAUCAUUUGGUAUCCGUCGUCAGUCGUCGUCGUCCGUCGUCCGCUAACCUUUACAAAAAUCUUCCCCUCUGAAACUACUGGACCAAAUUUAGCCAAUCUUGGCAAUAAUCAUCAUUAGGCUUGUUUACAAAAAUAUGUCCGAUGACCCUGCAUGCCAACCAACAUAGCUAACCUGGCUAAAAAUAAAAUAUAAGGGUAAAAUUCAGUUUUUGGCUUAUAUCUCUGAAACUUAAGCAUUUAGAGCAAUUCUGACAUGGGAAUUAAAAAGUUCAUCAGGUUAACAUCUUUCUGCCUUGAAAUUUUUAGACGAAUUAGACAACCUGUAUUUGGGUUGCUGCUCCUGAACUUGUAAUUUAUGAAAAUUUUGCAGUUUUUGGUUAUUAUCUUGAAUAUUAUUAUAGAUAGAGAUAAAA